AUAAAACAUAUGUUUAUUUAAUCAAAACAUAACAAAUGAAGCGAUUGAAAACAGUGUUGUCUGUUCUGUUUAUUAGUACUUUGGUGUUUGUUUAGGUUGUGUCCAUCUAUCUCGAGCAAAGUCAUUCAGUAAUUUAUUCUUGAAAAUGUUUGAACAGUUUCAUGUUGUUAAUGAAAAGUACAUUGAUAAAUUGACAUGUAGUGUUAUUAGAUUUAGAUAUUAUUUCUUGUAAUGUUAAACCGGUGGUUAGUCAUUUCAUAAAGUGAUUCAUGUAAGAAAGUGAUAUGACACAAAUAUUGCAAUCUGUGUAUUUAGUUUUGUUUUCAGUAUUAUCAAUAGAUUAGUCAGUUUCCUUGUAAGCCUAGAGUUGAGAAACGUAGAGUCUUGACAAAAAUGUUUUUAAGGACUGGCAGUUUGGGCUUUGCCAAUUUUAGAAUACUUCUCGUAGUAUUAAUAUCAGCCAUAGUAGUAUUAUUUUUCCAAAUGAAGAUUGUUACUUUAGAAGAAAGUCACAGGAAAUUAGAACAAACAGUAGAAAGGCUAAUUCAGGUGAACAGUAAUAUCAAGAGUUCAGCCCUUAGCAGCUCUCUGGCGGAACAACGUAGAAAUGCUCAUCCAGAGAGAGACAUGAUCAUCAUCUACAACAGAGUGCCAAAAAACCGGUCAACCAGCUUCGUCAAUGUGGCUUACGACAUCUGUAAACGGAACAUGUUUAAUGUUCUUCACCUCAAUGUUACAGCCAACCAACAUGUUAUGUCACUGGCUGAUCAGGCAAGAUUUGUGCGAAAUCUUACACAGUGGACUGCCAAGAAACCGGGCCUUUAUCAUGGACAUGUCAGCUUCAUAGACUUCGGAAAGUUUGGUGUAACGCAGAAACCCAUCUAUAUAAAUAUUCUGCGCAAACCUCUGGACAGGUUGGUCUCGUAUUACUACUUUCUACGGUACGGUGAUAAUUACCGACCUCACCUCCUCCGUAGUAGACAUGGUGACAAGAUGACAUUUGAUGAGUGUGUCAAAAAGCAUCAUGAUGACUGUAACCCAGACAACAUGUGGCUACAGAUACCUUUCCUCUGUGGCCAUGCAGCUGAGUGUUGGGUGCACGGCAGCAACUGGGCACUGGAGCAAGCCAAGCGGAAUCUGCUUGCUCACUACCUCAUAGUGGGGGUAACAGAGGAGCUCACGGACUUUAUCGCCAUCCUGGAAUCUGCUCUGCCGUCCUUUUUCCCAUGGAGCCUUGCAACACUUCCAGUCCA